GAAAUGAAUAUGUGCUUUACUUGCACAUUUUCUUCUUAGUGCCACAAAACUAUACUGGGAUACUCUAAAAAUUGCUGGCAUCAUGUCUAUUCAAAUAAAUACAAAAAACUGAAACAUUUGACAAGGUUCCAUUGUUUUCAGGAAAAAAUAAGGAUCAUGGAGGUUGAGUUGGGGCUGAAAAUCACAACGACCAGAGAUGAUACCACUUCCGUUUCCGAUUUUCAAUUUGCCAAAGACAGAUCAGGACCUGUCUUCUUGUCUAAAGAAACUGAUGCAAAGCUCAUCCUCACUGCACAUCUUAAAGGAUAUAAGAAGGAGAACAUUGACAUCAAUAUCAAUAAAGAUGGUAGUGAGAUUUCGGUGAGUGGAGAGAAGGAGGUGCAGGAAAUGCAAAUGAUACCGUUCAAGAAAGUGCUAAAAACCAUAGGGUUUGAGAAGAAGUUUAGUAUUCCUGAUGGGGUGGUUUUGGAUCAGAUCAAGGCUAAGUAUAACGAAGGGGAUGAAGUUUUGACAAUUGUGAUGCCAAAAACGGAAGUGGGAAAAGGAAGUAGAGAAAUUGAGGAGGUGAAAGAAGAAGUACCCGAGUCAAGUGUACAAGAAAAUGUUGUUGAUAGCGUGACACCAGAGCCACAGGAAAGUGUGCCAGAAAAGAUUGAAGAGGAAACACCUGCAGUGAAGAAGCCCCAAAAACCAUGGACACCUUGUCCUCCUUUGGUUUUUGGAGGAUCAACUUUGCUUGUAACUCUAAUAUUUCUUGUAAUAAACUAUAUUAGAGCGAGAAAGAGAUAAUUUUGUUUUUAUUUGUGAUGCACUAUAGUGCUUGGGGACCCGAUGUUAGUAGAGAAAGAGUUAAUUUUUAAGUUUGGUUCAAAGAUGUUUUUUUUUUAAAAAAAAAAUUAUUUUUGGGU